AUGGUGGUAUUGAAACUUAGUACUUAUUUUGUGAUGAAUGUACCUACUUCUGUUUGCAAGCGGAGUCUCAAAAUUCUCCAUCUUCAUUUGGUUGCAUUAGUAGAUGACGACUCUAUCUAUAGGCUCAUCUCUGGCUGCCCAGUGCUUGAUGAACUGAGUAUGGUGAGAUGUGUUGGAAAAAAUGUGCGUGUUAUUCAUAUUUUUGCACCCGUGCUUACAAAGUUGUUUUUAAAAGCAUUGGCAUAUUAUGAUGGAUCUGAGUCUGAAGUUCCUGCUCACAAGAUUGUUCUGGAUACCCCAGCUGUUCGGUACCUGAGUCUUGAUACUGAUGUAGUAUCAGUAGGAGGUUAUUUGGUAAAGAACCUACGUAUACCUCAUCUCAUCAAUGUUAAUAUUGACAUUGAAGGUCCAUUUAGGAUGGGAUCCCAUGAAGUUGUUUCUAAGGCUGUAACUGAUCUUCUCGUGAGGAUAUCCAGUGUUCAACGUCUAGUCCUACGGGGUAAAUUCAUUGUGGUUCUUCAUGAGCGUAAUUAUCGACUGCCUAUGUUUCAUAAUGUGACCUCAUUGAAGCUUGAUUCGGGCCUCUUUCGUUAUCCGGGAUAUGAAGCUGGCGAUCCCUUGAAUUGGAAACCACCUCGGAAUGUGCCAACGUGUGUAGUCUCUCAUCUCAAGUUAGAGGAGAAGGAACUGGUGGCGAUUGUGGAGGAACUUUGGGAGUUACCAGUUGGCUCAAAGAUUUGCAAGUGUGCUGCGUUUGGUUGGAAUAAUGGGAUCAAUCUCAAAAUGCCUGAAGCUCUAUGGGGGAAAAACUGA